CGCCGCCGCCGCUCCGCAGAGAGGAGAAUUGUCACAGGUCGCUUCGCAGGAGCCCCUGGAAAGCGGCUGCGUUUUCUCGGUCUCCUCCCCUCCUGCCUGGGUGCCUAGGACCAUUUUUUGACUCACCCGGUGCCAGGCACCUCCUUGAGCUGACCCGGGAGCCGAGCCGAGCCGAGCCGCGCCGCGCCGCGCCGAGCCGAGAGAGCCAGUAGUGGAGCUGAUGCCCGUGUGUGUGCGCUCAGCCCAGCCCCAACCCAACACACAAACAAAAAAAAGCCAACAACAAAAAUAACAACACACACGAGCCAUGGGCACUGGCAGCCAGGAGGAGCCGGAGAGAUGAGCCAACUCUGAGGACACUUUGAUUUUUUUUUCUUCCUUCUUUUUGUUGGUGGAAAACACAAACUGUAGAAUAUUUUUGCCCCUUUUCCUUUGGCUGCAACUGGGUCUGGAGCCUCGUUAAUUUCACUUGGCGAUGAGAAGAGAGAUUCCGGAGAAGGAGACGGGGAAAAACUGCUACAGCCUUCGAAAUGACUCAGUAACUUUUGCGCCCUGGGUCUCUCUGCUGCAGUUAGUCAGUUUCCCAGAUCAGCUCGGGAUGUAUUCGUCUCCUCUGUGCUUAACUCAGGAUGAGUUUCACCCGUUCAUCGAGGCGCUGCUCCCCCACGUCCGGGCCUUCGCCUACACCUGGUUCAACCUGCAGGCCCGCAAGCGCAAGUACUUCAAGAAGCACGAGAAGAGGAUGACGAAGGACGAGGAGAGGGCGGUGAAGGACGAGCUGCUGAACGAGAAGCCUGAAGUCAAGCAGAAGUGGGCGUCCCGGCUGCUGGCCAAGCUACGCAAGGACAUCCGGCCCGAGUUCCGGGAGGACUUUGUGCUCUCCAUCACGGGCAAGAAGCCCUCAUGCUGCGUCCUCUCCAACCCCGACCAGAAGGGCAAGAUGCGGCGCAUCGACUGCCUGCGCCAGGCCGACAAGGUGUGGCGCUUGGACCUGGUCAUGGUGAUCCUCUUCAAGGGUAUCCCGCUGGAGAGCACGGAUGGGGAGCGGCUGGUCAAGGCCGCCCAGUGCACCAACCCCAUCCUGUGCGUCCAGCCCCACCACAUCAGCGUCUCCGUCAAGGAGCUCGACCUCUACCUGGCCUACUUCGUCCGCGAGAGAGAUUCGGAGCAAAGCAGCAGUCCGAGGACAGGGAUCGGCUCGGACCAGGAGGACAGCAAACCGAUCACAUUGGAUACGACAGACUUCCAGGAGAGCUUUGUCACGUCGGGGGUGUUCAGCGUCACAGAGCUCAUCCAGGUCUCCCGAACGCCAGUGGUGACAGGCACGGGGCCAAACUUCUCUCUGGGGGAGUUGCAGGGUCAUCUGGCCUAUGAUCUGAACCCUUCGAGCACUGGCAUGAGACGGACGCUCCCCAGCACCUCAUCCAGCGGGAGUAAACGACACAAGUCUGGCUCCAUGGAGGACGACAUAGACACGAGUCCGGGGGGCGAGUACUACACCUCGCCCAGUUCGCCCACAAGCAGCAGCCGCAACUGGACAGAAGACAUGGAAGGGGGCAUCUCCCCCGUGAAAAAGACGGAGAUUGACAAAUCACCCUUCAACAGCCCGUCGCCCCAGGACUCCUCCCCAAGGUUGAGCUUCACCCAGCAUCACCGUCCGGUCAUCGCCGUGCACAGCGGUAUCGCUCGAAGCCCACACCCUUCAUCUACUCUGCAUUUCCCCACCACCUCGAUCCUCCCCCAGGCGGCCUCCACCUACUUCCCCCACACGGCCAUACGGUACCCGCCUCAUCUCAACCCGCAGGACCCCCUGAAAGAUCUCGUCUCACUGGCCUGCGACCCGUCCAAUCAGCAGCCUGGACCGGUAAGGAGCUGCCUAGGCAGCCCCCCACCGAUCCCCCACCCUGGGGGCCUGUGUUGGGGAGAGUCCCACAGGGCCGAUGCAACCCGGCUCCUGCCAGACCGGCCCGGCAUGUCCCUCCCCACCAGAGACCUGUGAGCUGAGCACUCUUGC